CACAGGACGGGUGCUCCAUAUUCCUUGUGACUUCCCACGUGGUACCAUGUUCAAAGUGUUAGUUAUAUACUUGAGCUUAACCUUUGGUGUUACUAUAGUUCAUGGAGUCUGUGGUGACAGCAUUCGGUGGUCGCACAGAGUAAACAUAGAUGAUAUUUAUGGAGUCUGGUAUGGAGUUGGUUAUGCCCAGCACAAUCCAGAUAUGACUAACCGGCCCGAUGAAAUAGGCUGUGUUAGUUUGUACAUUUCAGAUGCUGAUAACGAUAUAAUCAGUGAUAACUUCUUUGAUGCUACACUCCAAAUCAAAAACUAUACAGAUCAGAAUUGGAGAUCAUCUAAAAGCAAUCCAUGGUCGGGAAAUGCAUUAGCAGGUUCCUGGUUAGACAUUAGACUGAGGAGGCGAGACAAGAGAGAUCUAUUCGGACAAAAAAGGAUACGUGUGCUAUGGGAUGAGGAUGGCCACACUAUGGAGCAAAUCUAUCUUUAUUAUCCCGAGGAACCGGGAUUUUGGACGGCCGAAACAAUGUCAACGUGGGAAAGAGAAAUGAAGGCCAAAGGUGUAGAAAUUUGGUAUCCGGACGACCCACCUCGACAUCCAGACGUAAUAAAGCUUUUGAAAGUGACACCCAGUACUCUCAUCCUAAACCACUGUUCUGAAAUUGGAGACGGUGGCAUCUUCUCCUUAAUAUUGCGGCGAUCCCCGUCAAGGGUCGAAAGAUGGGAGUGGUAUGAUUAUAAGCGACAAUUCUACACUUUUGACUUACCAAACGUCGAACGCUAUAAUGCCAUAUGCGCUGGUUGUAAAAGCACUAAUUCCAUAAUAUUAUUCUUAAUUUGUCUACUUUUAAUUAAAUUGUAAACAAGU